GACGAAUUGGGGAUUUUCUGGAAGAUAUUUAUGUGGAUCACACAUAUCUAUCCGGUCUUCAACUGCUUCCCACAACGACUGUGGCCUUUUUGAAAAAAGUAGCUGAGUGUCACCGCAACCUCAUUGGCCAAUCACCAGCCGAAGCGGAUUUUAAUCUGCUGGACACAGUUCGAAAGGUUGAACUCUACGGAUUACGAAUGCAUCCAGCCAAAGACAAUGCGGGUUUAAAGCUCAAUCUGGCCGUAGCCCAUUCUGGUAUUUUGGUUUACCAGGCAAGCUCGAAAAUCAGCUCUUUUUCCUGGGCUCGAAUUCGUAAAGUCAGUUUCAAGCGCAAACGGUUUCUUAUCAAACUGCAUCCUGAAACCUAUCACGCUGCAGAAUUUGUCUUCGACUCUCGGGACGAAUGCAAAAGUUUCUGGAAACAGUGUAUCGAACACCAUGCAUUCUUCCGCUGCCAGGCCGUCCGACAGUCUAUCCCCCGUCGCGGGCGUAUGGUUUCCAAAGGUUCAUCAUUCCGUUAUACCGGAAGAACGCAAAAGCAGUUGAUUGAAUAUGUGCGCGAAAACUACGUGAAAAUGCCACACUUUGAAAGAUCGGCGUCUGCUGGACGUGUGCUCGGAGCCCCUGUCCCGGAACUUUUGCUCCCCGGGCUGCUCGGCCCGCCUGCACAUGGGACCCACCCUGACACUGGUCCUCAUUCAGAUUAUGGUCCUUCCACACGACUGCUCACCCAGACUCGGCCGCAAACAGACCCAGCUCCGCGAACUCAUCUUACCGACAGUUACUUGUCUCCAGACUCCAACCGAACCUUAACUAUUGCGAUUCCUGUUGGCCAGCAAGCGAAUGGUGGAGGUCCCCAGUUCAUUCAUGGCACUGCUCAACUCGUGAGACAGCACAGGAGUGGCUCCAUGGCAAAUGAGGCCACUCUUCCUGGAACACUUCCUCGAGGCGCUUAUCUACUCUCUGCCAUGGGAACGGCUAGUUCCGGAAGCUGUACAAUGAAUAGCUCCGUAUCCGCGGGGGCUCCAUACGCCUCAAACAACCACAAAUCCUCAGCGAAUGUUCCCGAUUAUUCAGCCCACUUUAUUCUCCCAAGCCAACUUCGGAUGCAAGAUCUGUCCCUAAGGCCUGUCUCCGUAGCUGGUCUCGGCACAGUUGCAAUGGCUCCCAGCGCAACGACCUUAAACCAACCAAACUGGCGCCCUUCGUCCAUAUCCAGACCCGCAAGCCCCACCGCGUCUAGCGUAAUAAUUGCCCAGUCACCAGGAUCAGUCAAUCCUCGACCAGUCGGUGUUGCCGUUCUUCCUACAGAUCCAUACGUAACCAUGCAUGCCUCACUUCUGGUAACCACUCAGGCAUCUGCUAUGUCUCAGUUCAACUAUGGUGUGCCUCUGAUUGCCCUAGGAACUCCAGCUCCGACAACAGACGGAGCGAGUAUGCCCGGACGACCUGCCAAUUUUCGUCCAGCAACUACAUACUCUGUGGGCGCACAGCCGCAACAAACUCACCAAUUGCUGAGAACUUCACCCAUCGAUCCCAACUUUAUUGUGGACCCUUCAAAAAUGGCGCAAUCCACAGCACGACUCACACUUCCCCCAGGCUAUGCAUUACUUGCUGGACCCUCGGGGAUUGCACAAAGUGGAAACCGGAUAAUUUGCAUUGACCGCGCCACUGGAAAACCACUGGUACCCCUACUGACCAGCGGCGGUCAACUUGUGGUGGACAAUAGCUCAUUGCCUGUUGGAGUCGUACGGCAGUCGCCUGUACCGAGAGGGGGAAGCAACCAAGUCGUAUCAGAAUCGACAGCCGGUCAGCAGCUGAAUACAAUGGUAACAUCGACAACGACAGCUCCAGUUAGUGCCUCAAUUACCGCUCCUCCAACAGCAUUUAUACCUAACCAGCCUACCACCACUGCAGUAACUCAGCCUACAGCAAAUUCCGACUCCGUCGUUGUCAACGGUGUCGUCCUUCGGUCCCGACGACCUCCAGGACCGCCACCCCCAGCACCCGAGCGCAGAGACAGUAUGUUACCUCGAAUCCAAACGGCAUCAAGUCAGCGCUCGUCGUUAAGCGCAGAUCCAGGGCUGUCACCCAAGCCUUCCUCACAUGGCCCGUCCUCAGCGGAGAAGGUAGCCAACAUGCUGGAUUCCGGGGCAGAAGAUGAAGUUCCGCCCACAAAUUCAAAGAUGCCCCACCCCCUGGCAAUGGGGUUGAUCACUGGACCAAAUGGGAUGCACUCUGCCUCGUGUCUAAGUUUGGCUGGUCGCGGUCACAGUACCCUAAGCACACGUAGCUUAUGUGCGACAACCAGAAGGGAGACGUCCGAUGGUACGGAUGAUGAUGAGUCAGACGGCAGAAAAGCGAUCAUCAACGAAGGCGGAAGCCAGAGUGAUACAGAAAAAUCCAUUGUCAGGCGUUCGUUGUUUUUGGAUAGCUCAUUCGGUGGAGGACAUGGUGUUGCUGAUGACGAGGAGGACGAUGAUCACUAUUCCGUCUGUAGUCAACGUAGCACGCUGAGAUCACGGUCUGCAUCCUGUCGACACAGGCACAGACAUCGACUACGACAUCCUCACUCGUCAAGAUGCCAUUUGGUAACCGACCCAGCUACGGAGGCUGCACCGUAUGAGCUUACUCAGGGGAACAGCACUGAGAUUUGCAACGGUGGUGCUGAUUCCAUACUAUUCUCAACGCAGCCCCGUCGUUCACAUUCCUCUGGGCGACUUAUUCGUCAUCGUUCAGACACAGCUUAUCAACUAAUUUGUGAUCUAGUCAUGACGGAACGUACCUACGGACGUGAUCUGAGCGUUGUUUGUGUGUGCUUUCGGCAUUCUCUGACUUGUCUGGACGAUGAACUAAUGUCACCCUGCACAGACGUCCAUCAGGCUCGUCUUCCUAACGAUUUGGCCACAGAACUGUUUGAUUUGCUCGAUCCCAUCUAUGUGGAACAUCAAAAGCUCUUGGCUGAUUUUGAAGCUAGGGUAAACAGCUGGAACGGACGCAAAAUCAGCGAUGACUUGUCCAACAGGCCGUCGACGGGCAUUCAUCCGCUGCCCCUGUCCCCGGUAGCUGAGCAACAGUCGUCUACUUACUGUAUCGGUGAUCUCUUUCUGUCGCAUCUAAGUAUGAUUCCGUUCUAUCAGCGAUUCAUGACGAACGCGGAGCGGGUUAUGUUACUCAUCGAGGAGGCGUUGAGGUCAAACCCGGAACUGGAGCAACAGUUACGACAAUUUGAAGCGCAAAAAAUCUGUUACCUGCCAUUUUACGUCUUUCUGCUCAAACCCAUGCACCGGUUGCUUCAGUAUCGUGUCACACUCGAACGCCUGAUGCGGUAUUACAGUGAAACACAUCCAGACGCGCCAGAUUGCCGAGUGGUUCAUGCUCGCUUACUCGACCUCAUCCAGUCUCAGUGGGAGUCAUACAAACGACUGGAAAACACCUACAAGCUUCUGGAGAUCCAGCGUGAUCUUACGGGACUAAGCUCGUUCCCUUCGGCACUGCCUGACAAUGUUGAGACAUCGACAAAGCCGCAGCAAACGGUCGCAACCGAAGAUUUUUCAGGCCCUGCUGCUGGCCCGCUCAUUCGAUCCGGCCGACAAUUUAUUCGUGAAGGGUGGUUACAGAAACUGUCCAAAAAAGGCUAUCAGCCUCGGAUGUUUUUCCUUUUCUCGGACCAGCUUGUCUACGCAGGCCGAACUGCAGCUGCCUAUUUGCAGUUUAAGGUUCACGGACAAUUCCCACUGCAUGAUCUGAUGGUGGAAGAAGCCGAGCCCGCAUAUAGCUUCACCGUGUUUUCCGGAAAUCGAUGUUUUCUUGUGGCUGCACCUUCCGACUGGCAGAGAGAUCGUUGGCUCGAGGAUAUUUCACGGGCCAUACUAGCGGCGAAAACAAAACCGUCACAGGCCGCAGAGAAGUCGGUGGAACCGAUGGGGAUUUUAAACACGGACUUCAAGAACACAGAGCUCACAAGUGCUUCUUCCGAUUCAGAACUCUCCCAACUACUGCAGCGAGCUACCACAAGCGUUCAUGUUUGCUGGCACAGGUGUUUCACCGUCUCCAUGCAGGAUAUUCUCCGAGCAAACGAGUACGAGACAAGUGGAUAUUUGUUGCGGAAAUUCAAGAACAGCAACGGUUGGCAACGCUUGUGGGUUGUCUUCACACAAAACUGUCUGUUCUUCUACAAAACCUACCGAGACGACUGUCCACUUGCCAGCCUACCCCUUCUGGGUUACACAAUCACCACUCCGUCAGCCGGUGACCAGAUCAAGCGGGAUAAUGUGAUCAAAAUGCAGUUCAAAAAUCAUGUGUACUUUUUCCGUGGUGAAACACAUCAUUCUUUCGAACGGUGGUUCGAGUACUUGAGCAAUGCGGCAGGAACGAGUCGCCGGCCGAAAGUUUGA